CCGAAACUGGGAAGGCAGCAACAGGCCGUGCUGGAGGGAAGAGGGAUGGAUGCUCUUUCAUUCCCUCCAUCCUGAGCAGGGGCAAAAAGUCCAGCUCCUGGAUUCCAGUCCCUGCCCCCCCCCCCCCGCCUUGUACUUGCUGCCCUGCGUAGGUCAACCUUUCCUUUUUUAACUUUCUUUCCUGUGUGGGAGGCAGCUCGUGCCAGGAAGAGGUGGCCACUCACAGUCGCUGGCGGAGGAUUCUUUCGGAGACUCACUCUCUGAGCAAGGAUGAAGAGGUGCACCGUUCUCUGGCUGUGGAUGCAGUUGGACUGGGGUGCAUCGCUCAGUCCCAGCGACCCCAAUGUCUGCAGCUACUGGGAAAGUUUCACAACACCCUCCAAGGAGUCCUAUGUGCAGCCAUUUGCCCAGGUCUUCAAGGAACCCUGCAGCAAGAUGUGGCCAUUCGCCAAGACCUGCACUCAGCAUAGAGUCCUGUACAAGGCAGCCUACCGCCAAAGUGUGAAGGUCGACUACAGAAGGAGGCACCGCUGCUGCCGAGGCUAUUACGAGAGCGCUGACAUCUGUGUCCCUCGCUGUACCCAGGAGUGCGUGCACGGCCGCUGUGUGGCUCCUGACCAUUGUCAGUGUGAGCAAGGCUGGAGGGGCGCCGACUGCUCCAGCGAGUGCAGCCACCAGUUCUGGGGGCCCGAUUGCAAGAACUCCUGCUCCUGCGUGAAUGGAGGCACUUGUGACCCCGUGACUGGCGCUUGCACUUGCCUGCCAGGCUACGGGGGCCCUCUCUGCCAAGAGCCUUGUGCCCCGGGGCUGUACGGACCAGGGUGUGCUCUGGGCUGCCACUGUGAGAAUGCUGCCUCCUGCGACAGGGCUACGGGGGCCUGCCUGUGCCCCCUGGGAUUCACCGGACCACACUGUGAAAUCCCCUGCCUGAAUGGCACCCGUGGGUCUCAGUGCCAAGCUGACUGCCUUUGCCAGAAUGGGGGCAUCUGCCACCCCCCAAACACCAGCAACUGCGCCUGCCCUCCUGGAUGGAUGGGCGCCAUCUGCUCCGUCCCCUGCCCUGAAGAGCGCUUUGGCUCCAGCUGCCAAGGGGAAUGCCGGUGCCACAACGGAGGCCAGUGUGACCCUGUCAGCGGGCAGUGCCAGUGUGCGCCGGGCUAUGUUGGAGAGCGGUGCCGCGAGGAAUGUCCCAUUGGCCAAUAUGGGCAGGACUGCAGCCAGGCCUGUGACUGUGCCAACGGAGGCCGCUGUUUCCACAUUCACGGGGCCUGCCUGUGUGAGGCUGGUUACUUCGGCAGCCGCUGCGAGGAGCGCAAGUGCUUGGCAGGCCUCUAUGGUCUGGCCUGCAAUUGGCCAUGCCUCUGCGACCCUCAGCACACCGACAGCUGCCACCCGCUGACUGGCGAAUGCACCUGCAAGCCAGGCUGGGCCGGCCUGUCCUGCAAUGAGACCUGCCCCCCCGGAUACCACGGAGCCAGCUGCCGGGAUCCCUGCCUGUGUCUGAACGGGGGGACGUGUGUCAGUGAGACUGGGCGCUGCGUUUGUGCAGCAGGCUACAUGGAUCCGCACUGCUCCAGCGCCUGCCCGGCUGACACCUACGGGGUGAACUGCUCCCUGCGCUGCACCUGCCAGAACGCCUUCGCCUGCUCCCCUGUCGACGGGGCCUGCGUCUGCAAAGAAGGCUGGCAUGGAGUGAAUUGUUCCACCCCCUGCCCCAUGGGCACCUGGGGGGCUGGGUGCAAUGGGACCUGCCAGUGUGCCAACGGUGCUGCCUGCAGCCCUGUCAGUGGGGCGUGCUCUUGCCCCCCAGGCUGGCAUGGAAGCUGGUGUGAGGAGCAGUGCCCGAACGGAUUCUACGGCUUUGGCUGUAGCAAAAAAUGUACCUGCCAGAAUGCGGACGGCUGUGAUGCGGCGACAGGGCAGUGCCACUGCCUACCUGGCUGGACAGCCCCCCGUUGCAGCGAAGCGUGUGCCGUGGGCCUGUGGGGGCUGCAGUGCCGUCGGUCCUGCGCUUGCAAGAACGGUGCCCUCUGCUCACCCCAGGAUGGGAGCUGCGACUGCACCCCCGGCUUCCGGGGUCCCCACUGCCAGCGCCCCUGCCAGUCGGGGCGUUACGGCAAGAAGUGCGCUGUGCCUUGCAAAUGUGCCAACCACUCCAUCUGCCACCCCGUGGACGGCUCCUGUGACUGUGCUCCUGGCUGGACAGGCAGUGACUGCUCGAGACGCUGCCCGUUCGGGUUCUUCGGGGAGAACUGCACCCAUCCGUGCCAGUGCUGGAAUGAGGCUGCGUGCAAUCCUGAAACCGGGCGGUGCUUGUGUCCCUCGGCCUUCACCGGUGCCCACUGUGAAACCAGAACAGGAAGCCCCGACAACCCUUUCACGAUGGUUCCUGCACCCCCCACGGGCGGCAGCGGCAGCAGCCUGGGGGCAGUGAUUGGCAUCGUCAUUAUGGCUGCCCUGCUGGUGCUGGUCUUGGCGCUCUUUGUCUAUUACCGUCACUGGCAGAAGGGCAAGGAGAACCAGCACUUCUCAGUGGCCUACACCACAGGGCGGACAAACGCUUCUGAGUAUGCUGUACCAGACAUCCCUCCCAGCUACGCGCACUAUUACUCCAACCCCAGCUACCACACCCUGUCACCGUGCUCUCCAAGUCUUCCGGUGCCGAGCAUCCCGGAGCCGCCUGCUGCUGGUAAGUUGAGCCGCAGCCAGCCUUUCCCCACCCCCAAGAGCACGGAGCAGGACUGGCCGGGACUCUACGGAGCAGACUGCAACGCCACCCUCCCUGCAGACUGGAAGCACCAGGGCAGCGCUCCAGCACUGAGCCACGCAGGACUAGGAGGAAGCCAGAUUGAUCGCAGCUACAGCUACACCAACGGACUAGGAAAGCACCAGCACAGAGGCUGCAUCAAGGAAGAGUCCCUCUGCCGCAGCGACAGCUCCCUGAGCAGCGAGAACCCCUACGCCACCAUCAAGGACCUGCCCGUCCUGGCUGGCAAGCCGUCCGAGGGCAGCUACAUGGAGAUGAGGCAUCCGGCCAAGCGGGAGCGGGCCUACGCAGAGAGCAGCCUCUUCGAAGAACCAGCCCAGUGCCUGGAGGAGGAGGAAGGAGCAGACGGCUUGCUGGGGGCAGGAGGCCUUUCACGGGCAGCUCCCGAUAUCCCCCCCAAUCACUACGAUUCUCCGAAGAACAGCCACAUCCCCAGCCACUAUGACGUGCCACCAGUUCGCCACUAUUCCCCUUCGCCGCCACGCCGGAGACGAGACCGAUGAGGCCAGGCCCACCUGCCACGGCCCCGCGCUCCUCUCUUCCUGCUUCCGCCUCUGUCUGCCAUCCGCAGGGAAGGACUUGCAGUUCACCUGCGCACGGUCCAGAGACUCCGGCCGGCCUCGCCUGGUGUUAAGGGGCCAGACCAAGAGUCAAGCAGCGGCCGGAGCCAGAGUCCCUCCGCCCGGACUCACUCCCUGCACAGAGAUGCCCCUGCACCUUGAGGACACAAGAGGGACAGGACAGGUUGCAAAGCCAAGCAGCAGCUUCACAGCCCUUCUUCCUCUGGAUUAGGACGGCCGGGAGAAAUGGGAUGGGGUGGGCAGGCGCGGGGGGGGGGGAGGUCUGAAGCUGGCAACCACCUCAGUGACAUCUUGACAGGGCACUGCAGGUGUGUGGAGGCCGGGUGCCGGACCGUUUCUGCACUUCUGAAAGAGCUGCCAUCCUGAACAGGGUGCCAGGUGCCCUUUGGCCCCUCCCUCCCUUCCUGAGGGCACCCCUGGGGCAUCCCAGCCCAUCAUACAAGCAAGAGGGCGUGAAGAGCUCCCACCCGCCCGGGACAGAGAGGGGAUGGCUCUGAAACAAGGGCAGCCCCCCAGCCGAUAAAGGGCUGUCCGCCUGUCAGCUCUGAGCUGGCAGAGAGCCUCUGGGGUUUCGGGGAGGGAAGGGCCCCCACACCACCUCCCUGCCGGCCUCCUCUGCUCUGACGGAAGGGGUCGGGGUCGGGGACUGGGCCUCUGCGUCCGGAGCAGCUGCUGUGUGCUCCACAACCGAGCCCGGCUGGCCCCUGCCGGAUGUCCUUCUCCUGCUUCCGGGGCUGGCGUCCAUGGCAGGGCCCGAGGGCACUUCACGGCCCCAAACAGAACCGGGUCUUUCACUUGCUGAGGUCAGAGCCAAUGGCGAACACUAUUGAGAUUAAUUGUGGCAGUGCACGUCCCUACACACGAAGCCUCAGGUGUUACGUGCGAAAGUGAAGACGGCCACGGGUGGUUCUCAGCCUGUACCUCUUCUAAGGCUCACGAGUAUAAACAGAUGGAGAGAGACGA